AUGUCCUUCAAUCAAUCAAAGUCCGAUAAGAGUGACACUGCGUACCGACGCUCCGCCCGAUCCUCCAGCUUUAAUCAGCACCGAGGUAACUCCGGCGGUUCUUACGUUAAGGCCGGCACCGGCACGGCCGUGCCUUCUCCCGCACUAUCGUCUUCUCGGAGUUUUAAUAAGAAGUCUAAUAAUCAUGCACAAGGUGGGCAGCCUAGGGUAAACUCUACCCCGGCAAAUGCAAAUUCAGCUGAGUUAAAUUAUGCCUCUGUAGUCCGAGCAACACCAAAUGGUUCUCAUGUACAGCCACAAUUUCAUGGAGGGUCUGAUGCAUCAGUUACAAAUGCAACUACCAAGCCAUCUGAAACAUCAGCUGCUCAGACGAGUUCCAGGGUUGUUCCUAAAGCUCCUAUUUCUCAACCUCCCCCCACGAGUUCUGAUUCAGCAGCUCCUACGACCCCUGCUAAGGGAGAUGCAUCCAAAGCAUUCCCUUUCCAAUUUGGAUCUAUUAGUCCUGGCAUUAUGAAUGUGAUGACUAUUCCUGCUCGCACAAGCUCGGCCCCUCCUAAUAUAGAUGAGCAAAAGCGUGAUCAGGUUCGUCAUGAUUCUUCAAGACCCGUGCCUUCUGUGCCGACACCUCCUGUUCCAAAGCAGCUUCCUGUUCCUAAGCAGCUGCCAGCUAAUAAGGAUACAUGUGUCAUUGACCAAUCUAAGGGCGGGGAGAUUCAUACUGGUACAAGGGCAAAAAAGGAUACUCAAUUGUCACAUUUACCUCCACCAAGCUUGAUGCACAAGCCUUCUGUUAUUCCUAUGUCAAUGGCAAUGCCAUAUCACCAGUCACAUGCACCUGUGCACUUUGGUGUUCCUAAUCCCCAUAUUCAACCUCGAAGUAUGUCAACCACAUCUCUUCAGAUGCCUUUACCAAUUGGAAAUGCUGCGCAAAUGCAACACCAAGUAUUCGUUCCAAGUCAUCAAACCCAUCCUAUCCAUCCUCAAGGAAUCAUGCAUCAAGGCCAAAAUAUGGGUUUCACUCCUCAAAUUAGUCAUCAAAUGGCCCAUCAAUUAGGUAACAUUGGUAUGGGAAUCAACCCACAAUAUUCUCCUCAGCAAGGAGGAAAUUAUGCUGCUCCUCGUAAAACUACUACAGUGAAAAUAACUCACCCUGAUACCCAUGAAGAGCUUAGACUUGAUAAAAGGGCCAAUGCAUAUUCAGAUGGCGGGUCAUCUGGUGCUAGGCCUCAUUCUGGCAUCCCUUCUCAAUCUCCGCCUGUCCAGUCAUUUCCUGCUUCGCAUCCUAUCAGUUACUAUCAAUCCAAUUCUCCCUUUUAUCAAACUCCUAGCUCUCUUGCAUUAUCAAAUAGCCAGAUAACCCCCACUACCCAGCCACCAAGAUUAAGUUAUACAGUGAAUCGUGGUCCGCAAAAUGUUGGUUUCGCGACUUCAGCAUCUCACGGUUCCCUGCCUGUUAAUAAAACUGUCGCUUCUAUUUCUAGCAUUGUUGAACAACCUAAUCGGGAAUUUCCCCGUGAUGUGCCGAAUGCAAUCUCAUCAACUGUGUCAGGAGCCUCUUAUGUGUCUAUAAAGCCAAGUGGGUCUGGCGUUGUGAUCUCAUCAUUUUCCGAUUCAAUUUCUGGUGCUAAAAAAGAUGGAUCUCCUAAUUCCUUGGUAACAUCUAGUGAUGCCAGCGAUUCUGUGCCACCAAAACAGUCUGGCGCUUGUUCUGAAAUCUCUUCCCAACAAUCUACUGUUGCAUCUACUGAGAAGCUUACAUCAGCGUCCUUGUUGCCUUCUUCAUCUGCCUUGAGUAAGAAUAUGGUUUCAGAUGUAUCCAAAAACAAGGGCAGAAACAAGGAAUCUCUUAGCAGGUCAAAUUCUUUGAAGGAUAAUCAGAAGAAAAAACAGUUGCAGCAUCAGGUGGCUGUACAAUCUUCUGCCGUGGCCAAUGAACCUUCUGUAGCUGUUGAUGGUGGUACCUCUGUUUGUGUAGCUUCUGAAAUUGUAGGUACUAAAACAACACAUUCUGCAGCAAUUGCCUGUGACGAUUUAUCAGCAGCAGCUUCAGGCACGUUAUCAGCUGCCAGUGAGAGCCUACCUUCUGUGACACUUGAGGAAAAGACUAUUUGUUCUAGACAGGUCUCUGCUUGUGUUUCAGCUGAAGAACCUGUUACUCAAGCCGUUGUUAGUUUGAACAAUCAUAAUAGUGCUAAGGUAGAUGAAUUAUCCCAAGAGGAUAAACUAUUAAGACAGACCGUUUCAACUCUUCAGGGAUGUAAAAAUGUUAGUGACAGCGGGGAAGAAUUUAAUCAACUGAAACAUGGUGUUACAGAGUUAAACACUGAGGAUGUAACUUUAGAGACUGGACAGCAAGGGCAGGGUGGAUCUGUAAGUUACAUCACAGAAUGUGACAGGAUUGCUGAUAAUUUAAACGCGUCUGCCUCUACUGCACUGGAUUCUAAAGAAACAGCUUCAAAACAUUGCAAGGAUAGUUCAGAGGAUGCCAUUGCUGGCAGUGGCUCAGUGUCUCUUCCAGGUGCACCGAGUACUACGGACCGACCAAGUUCAGAGCCAAGUAAAGUGAAAGCUUCAUCAAAAGGAAAAAAGAAACUAAAAGAGGUUCUUCUGAAAGCAGACGCUGCUGGGAUGACAUUUGAUCUUUAUAACGCAUAUAAGCGACCCGAGGAAAAGAAAGAGGCUGUUGUCAGUUUGGAGAAUACUGGAUGUGUUUCUUCUGGAAAUUUGAAGCAGUUGCCCGUGGAUGCUUCUCAGCCAAAUGUAGUUGCAAAUGAACAAUGCAGGCAGAGUAAGGCUGAACUUGAGGACUGGGAGGAUGUCGCCGACAUGUCCACACCAAAACUAGAAGUAUCAAAUAAAACUCAACUGGUUAGCAACGAAAGUGCAGUUAAUGAAAAAAAAUACUCUCGAGAUUUUCUUUUGAAAUUUGCAGAGCAUUGCACUGAUCUUCCUGAAGGGUUUGAAAUCUCGGCAGACAUGGGGGCUUUGAUGACUCCCAAUGUUAGUUCUCAUGUUAUUGAACGUGAUUCACAUCCUUCUGCUGGAAGAAAUACAGAUAGGUCGGGUGGGAUGUCUCGGAUGGAUCGUCGUGGGAAUGGUGUUACUGAGGACGAUAAAUGGAGUAAAGCGUCUGGUGUUAUUGGUAGUGGAGGUAAUACAGGACUUAGACCUGGUCAAGUAGGCAAUUUUGGUGUUUUAAGGAAUCCACGCGCACAGGGAAUGCAAUAUGGAGGGAUUCUCUCUGGGCCAAUGCAAUCCAUGGUAAAUCAGGGAGGAAUGCAAAGAAAUAGCCCUGAUGGUGAAAGGUGGCAGCGUAGUGCUAGCUUCCAGCAGAGGGGUUUAAUUCCAUCUCCUUCUCAAUCUCCUUUGGUGACGAUGCACAAAGCUGAGAAGAAGUAUGAAGUUGGUAAAGUAACAGAUGAGGAACAGGCAAAGCAGAGACAGUUGAAGGGUAUAUUGAACAAGUUAACUCCACAGAAUUUUGAGAAACUUUUUGAGCAGGUAAAAGCAGUUAAUAUUGACAAUGCAGUCACUCUCACUGGUGUCAUCUCACAAAUCUUUGAGAAGGCAUUGAUGGAACCUACCUUCUGUGAAAUGUAUGCCAAUUUCUGUUUUCAUCUAGCAGCUGCAUUGCCUGAUCUCAGUCAAGACAAUGAAAAGAUAACAUUUAAGAGAUUAUUGUUAAACAAGUGCCAGGAAGAAUUUGAGAGGGGUGAAAGAGAGCAAGAAGAAGCUAAUCAAGCUGAUGAGGGUGAGGUGAAACAGUCUGACGAGGAAAGAGAAGCAAAACGAUCCAAGGCUAGAAGACGAAUGUUGGGUAAUAUCAGAUUAAUUGGAGAGCUAUAUAAGAAGAGAAUGCUGACAGAGAGGAUAAUGCACGAGUGUAUAAAAAAGUUACUGGGUCAGUGUCAGAAUCCUGAUGAAGAAGAUAUUGAAGCUUUAUGCAAACUGAUGAGUACUAUUGGGGAGAUGAUUGAUCACCCCAAAGCCAAGGAACAUAUGGAUGUAUAUUUUGAAAGGAUUAAAUUACUAUCAAACAACAUGAGUUUAUCUUCUAGGGUGAGGUUCAUGUUGAAGGAUACCAUUGAUUUAAGAAAGAAUAGAUGGCAACAAAGGAGAAAAGUUGAAGGUCCAAAGAAGAUUGAAGAGGUGCACCGAGAUGCUACCCAAGAGAGGCAAUCCCAAGCCAGUAGGCUGGGUCGUGGUAUGGGUAUUAGUGCAGCAAGAAAAGUCCCUAUGGAUUUUGGUUCAAGAGGUUCAUCUAUAUUAUCCCCUCCUAAUCCUCAGAUGGGUGGAUUGCCUACUCAAGUUCGUGGGUAUGGUUCUCAGGAUGUUCGUGGGUAUGAAAGGCAAUCUUACGAGGCUAGGACACUGUCUAUUCCCUUGCCUCAAAGGCCUUUAGCUGAUGAGUCAAUAAACUUGGGACCCCAAGGUGGUUUGGCUAGAGGAAUGUCCAUCAGAGGUUCUCCUGCAGUUUCAAGUUCUACGGGUCUUAAUGGUUAUAGUAAUUUAUCUGAACAGGCUUCAUACAAUUCUAGGGAGGACCACCCUCCAAGAUAUGUUCCGGAUAGAUUUUCUGGUCCAAAUGCUCAUGAUCAAUCAAGUGUUCCAGAGCAGAAUAUGAAUUAUAGUAACAGGGACUUGAUAAAUGUAAAUAAUAGCAUUCUUGAUAAACCUGUUUCAAAUCAACCACCUGCCCAAGCACAAGAGAUAUCAGGCUCCCAUAAUACCUCUUCAGAAAAGGGUUUGUCAGAAGAGCGACUACAGAACAUGUCCAUGGCAGCAAUCAGAGAAUACUAUAGUGCUAGAGAUGUGGACGAAGUUGUUUUGUGUGUCAAAGAUCUGAAUUGUCCAAGCUUUCAUCCUUCCAUGGUUUCUGUCUGGGUCACAGACUCAUUUGAAAGAAAGGACAUACAUCGAAAUCUUUUAGCCAAACUGCUGAUCGACCUUGUGAAACUUCAUGGUGGCACCUUAAGUCAAGCCCAGCUCAUUAAAGGGUUUGAAUCUGUUCUAAGUACUUUUGAAGAGGUGGUUACAGAUGCCCCCAAAGCACCGGAGUUUCUUGGCCGCAUUUUCGCUAAAGCUAUAACAGAGCAUGUAGUCUCUUUGAAGGAGAUUGGGCGGUUAAUACACGACGGCGGAGAAGAACCAGGACGGCUCUUACAAAUUGGACUUGCAGCUGAUGUUCUUGGAAGCACAUUAGAAGUGAUACAAAGCGAGAAGGGUGAUGCCUUUUUGACCGAGAUCCAGACAAGCUCCAAUUUGCAAUUGCAUACUUUCCAGCCACCAGGACCGACCAAAUCACGAAAACUAGAUAAAUUUAUUUAG